AACUGAACUCGAACGGUCCGACUCCUCCAGCGUAUCGGGUUGCUCCCUGUCCGUGUCACCCUGUCUCCCGGUCUCCGUCCGAAACUCGUAGCCGCCAUGUCACUCCCUUUCAGAUUGUCACUUCCCUCCCCCUCCACCUUUCGUCGGACCCAACCGCCACACCUAACUAACCCCAAAUUCGUCCCCCUCCACCGCCACUUCCAGUCCCACUCAUUUCAGCGCCUGGAAUUUCAGAAAUCAGGAAGAAUCCCUAAUCUGCGAAAGGGUCGCCGAGGUGUUCUAAAUGGUCCGUGCUAUUGGGGCUUUUCACUAGCUGAUCAAUUUGUCGAUGAAGCGGAUGAUGAGGAAGAUGAAGAGCGGAGUUUGGAACUCUUCAUUAAGUUCCUCCAUAACACGUUUAAAAAGAUAUCUAAGAGAGUCAGAAAAAUUGCACGAUCAAUUUUGCCCAUCUCAAUCCCUACUGACCUGUUGAACUUUGCAGUUAAUGGAAUCCUAACACUUGCACUAUUGUGGUUUGCCAAGGCAUUUCUUGAGGUUGCUUGCUCACUUGGGAAUGCAGUAUUUUCAAGUAUCCUGCUCAUUCGUGUGUUAUGGACUGCACUAAACUACUUGCAAGAAAGCCGUAAUGAAAAUAUGAAUAGGCUUAAUGGUGAUAAUGGUGCAUGGACUACUGUGAGACCAGCUACUUGAUUUCACCACUCUUAAUGGUAAUGCGCAAAUAAUAACUGGAAGCCUGAAGAAUGGCAUCAUAAGUAGUAGAUGCACACAUAUUCAUUACUCAAUGAUUCCUUCUCGUCAAAAUUGAUCAUUUUGGCACAGUUAAGAUUUCAGAAAUUUUACACACAGAAGUGAGGAUGACUAACCUCAUACUCUCAGAAGUUAUUCUCAAGUUAAAAUUUAUUUAUAGAUCAGCAAAAGAAAAGGCUAAAGGAAAAUGUUUCUGUUGUUUGUUGUUGUAAGGGGCCAUAGAACCCCAUCAUGUCUUAACACAUUCUUUUAACACAGUCAAUAAAGGGGUGGAGUAUGU